UACACGCGUGCGGAAAGCAGUUGUAAGCAGUUGGCUGACCGACAGCGACGGGGACGUUUGUCGUGCGGUGUAGUCAUGCCCGUCCGGUGCUGAACGAUCGAUGUGCGGUCCACGUGGGUUUUUGCGUAAAUUAAAAACGACGAUGUCGACAUUAAUUAUUUUCCGUCCGAUGGCGGACGUUCACGCCAUAUUGUUUUGAUCGCAAAAAAAAAAAAAAUAAUAACAAUAAAAACGGAAAACAGUUAUCGCAUUUUUAAUAUAAAAAAAAAAACAACAACAGAACGAUAUUACUCUCGUUUGAAUUUGAUCGAGUUUUAAUUCUAUCAGAAAGUUUUCUUACAUCGUGAUAUUAACUUCCUACCGAAUAUUUUGUCGACCGUUGAUUAAAUUUCGUUAAAACCAACGAUGUAGUAUUAUUAUAGUCCACUCACUGACGUUUAUAAAUAUUUUAUUGCUAUACUAUUAUAUUAUCUUAUUACGCAAUUAAAACUGAGUUAUUUAGUGAAGAAUUUAAUUUUAAAAUUAUUUAAAUUCAAUAAAACGGUUAUUAGCAGCAUCAUUCGAAUACAAUUAUGCGGAUGUACUGCCAAUGGCAUAUCCUCUAGCAGUCGAUGAAAUAGCUGGCUAAUAUAAUGACGACGACCUAAAUUUUUAUUUACGACUAUAAUAGAUGAAAACUACUUUGAAUUAUUCAUUCUGAGGCACUGCUAUACUACAUAGACAAUGUCAUUGGGUUCCAUCGUCCUAUUAACUGUAGUUUGGUUAGCAAUGUCCAUGGUAUUGACCUGCGAAUCGCUCCGUAACAGCGGCAGUCACCGGGGCCGUCAUAAAUACAAGCGAAGACAAUUAUAUUCCGGAGGAAAUAUCGGCGACGUGCGCCUCCACCGAGACGACUUGCCACUGCAACAUGAUCCGUCAUUGUUACUGAUGGACGACGAUAACGAAGCAGCGACUGAUGACGCUACGUUUGAGUUGGACAAACCACUACCCAUCGACCAAGUAGCAGUUCCGGUUGGCGGCAAAGCUUAUCUGCCCUGUGACACACGAAACCAAGUUCCGGGAAAGUCUAAAGUAUCUUCUGGAUUUUUCAUGGUUAUGUGGUUCAAAGAACAAAAGGAAAAUAACCCAGAAGAUCAAAGCUACGGACAGGCCGCACCGUCAUCUUCCUCAAUUUCAUCCACUUCCGGUGAACCAAUUUUCACGUAUGAUACAAGACAGACAUCUGCAAAAGUUCCGAAUCCACCAAGAUGGUGGUCUUCACCAAUGGGAUUUGGUGACCGUGCAUACUUUCACACAGUCAACAGUGAACAACUACAGGGUGACCUAGAUACAGUAGAUCAUCUGACAGUGGAUAGAGCUAUGGCCACCGAUACUGGAAUAUAUAGAUGCAGAAUUGACUUCCUGCAAGCUCCCACCAGGAACAGACUAGUUAACCUCACAGUCAUAGUCGCUCCCGAACGACCAACCAUUUAUUUCGAAUAUGGAAACUCUAUUGGAGGAGAUCGUCCAGAAAAUUACCAACAAAAUUCCGGAAAUGUGAUUGUUGUCGAUGAAGGCAGUCAAACUGUUACAUUGGUGUGCCGUGUGGUUGGAGGGUGGCCGCGACCUCGACUGACGUGGUACCACGAAAAUGCAGUAUUGCACUCUCCGUAUCAACUGGUAAUUGACGAUAACCACAGUCGCGGGUACCGCAAAAAGCCGAACAACGGUUCGACCACCGCCGGUGUGACCGUUAACCGUUUGGCGUUGACUAACCUAACCAGGUGGCAUCCGAUAAUGAGCCAGCGGCAACAGACGUUGGGCACGGCACGUUUGACGUGUCAGGCCAGCAACAGCAUUCUAUAUUCCGUGUCCCGUCCUUCGGCAAUUGCUGUAAAUGGAAAUUUGCCACCGCCAGCUACCACCGAGCACACGUUUAUCCGUUUGAACCUGAAACCCACCGAAGUACAAAUCAUAUCAAUAAAAGGAUACGCAAACCAUUUGAAAAGUAAUGAAAGCCAUGUGAUUGAGAAAAAUGAAGUGUUCGCGUCGGAAGAUACAGUUGAUCACAAGAAAUAUACAAUUAGAGCCGACCGGGUGUAUCAAGCCGAGUGCCGUUCGAAAGGAUCUCGACCAUUGGCUACAAUCGAAUGGUAUCUAUUAAAAAAAAAUCAACGCUUUAACGUUGGUCAAUCGAUAAAUUCCACUCGUACGAUGGGUGCAUCGUCCCUGAUGGUCUUAUUGGGAGAACAACGAGGCGGUGCGUCGGCGAAUUUAGAAGGUACAAUCUCCGGCGUGGUGGAAACACAACAAACACCAGAAAUAGUGACAGACAAAGAUGAAUUGGUUGUGACCACGAGUAUUCUAAGUUUCAUACUUUGGGGUCCAAAAUCUGCAGUUAUUAAUGAAAAUGACGACAACGAAUCAACUUUAGUUUGUCAUGCAUACAAUCCGGUCAUCAAAACGUUUGACCGCCAUUACGUGGAAACCAAAAUAACGUUGGAUGUUCAAUACCCUCCGAUAGUAGAGUUACGGUUUGGAAAUCGUAUGCUGGACACCGGACGUAUUGGUCCUGGAGAUGACGUGUAUUUCGAAUGUGCGGCUCGAGCCAAUCCGUCAACUACCAUCCGUUACAGUUGGUACCAUAACGGUGUUCGGCUGACGCAGGAGACGGAGAAAAGGCGGACGGACGACGGUGAGAAAAGGGGCGAAAAGAGAAACAGCAGACUGGCUGGUCGAGUUAUACAGUACAGCCAGCUGGGUAGUUUGGUUUUGCAGUCAGUGAACGCCGCUGCGGCGGGAAAAUAUUCGUGCCAGGCGACAAACGGCAUCGACAGCGAUAGCAACGAGAACAGAACCACUAGCAAUACGGUUCGGUUGUACGUGAAACAUGUCCCGGUGUGUCAGCAUCGUGAAGAUAUUUAUAUUAUUACGAAAAAAUCCGACGCAGUCACUGGCCCAGUGAUCCGAUGUCGGGCUGGACACGGGCAUCCACCGACCAUCGAAUACCAUUGGAAAUUCUAUCCCGAACAAUCAGAACCGGAAACCCGCCACAGAGGUCCCCUCGAGUCCAACGAAAUGACUUUAACUGGGCGAUCAAUAAGAGAACUAGACUCAUUACUUACGGAAUCAGCUGUCCAAGGCAGCGAUGGCGGAAUAUCAUAUACAUUCACCACAAGUACGCCAGUAUUAAAAUCGUAUUUAUCAGUCGUAUCGGCCGCAGCUUCUGCCUCUUCAAGCGCAGUUCGUCCAAACUUUCUUCACGGUCGACUAGAAUGCCGAGCCGUCAACACAAUGGGAAUACAGAACAAACCCUGCGUUUAUCGUAUUACAGAUAAGACAAUGAUCAAUCAAGGUAGUAAAGAUCUUCAAGAAAUCACUGAUUGUCGGUCAAUAUCAAAGAAAGAACUGUCUAACGAAGACUCAAAUUCAACUGCGACAUAUCCUUGCGGUGCCAAAGUGGAAGGCAUCGUCACCAGCACUAAUAGAAGAACACGAUUUUGCAUUACUUGUUCAUUGAACACGUCGUCGUUGCAGUAUCAUCAACAGCGGCCCAAUUACGUUUUACAGCUAUUUAAGUCUACACCUGGGGAUGCGCCCGCAACAGUUGUUAUUGCAUUUAACGUUACCGGCGUUACCAUAACCGAGAACAAUAAUGGAAACGGCAGGACCAUUAUCAGCGCACAAGACGACGAUGAUUACUACUCUGAUCCCGAAGAAGAAGAAGAAGAUGAUGUCGUGGAUAGCAAUAAAGGUGAUUAUAAUCUCGACACUAAGAAUGCAGUCCAGAGAGUGGUGUUCGUAAUCGACGACACCGUAGAACCAGGAAUAUAUCGAGGAAGGAUUUACAACGGUUAUGGGGGCACCAUAUCUGCUGUUAUCAAAGGAAUGAUCAACGUUGCAGCAGUGCCAUUUAACGAUAUCAAUGACAACGACAGUUCCAACUACAUUAUUGACGACAUUGGAGAUAAGACAGACGAAUCCGCGUUGGGAUACGCGUGGCGCCGCGUCACCGUCGCGCUGGUAGACGCGUUUUCCUUGGUGUUACCACCGUCCGCCGCCGGCCCAGAACCGGACUGGGACGAGGACCGCGCCCGGCCACCGCACAAACGCUGGCGGGCCACGUCCGCCGCCCUAACGGCCGUUCUAGUGGCCGUGGUCGCGGCGCUGUCUUGCGGCAUAUGCGGCGUAGUGGCGAUACUGUACCGCCGCCAAAAUUACGGCCACCGUCGCGGCGACCGCGGCCACGUCGCGUACGGACUCGGAUGUGACGGAGGAGGUGUUGACAGCGCUGAUGGCGGUGACGCCCAAGAAGGUACCGGAAAAACCGUGAUUGUCGGACGGCUGAAGGCCACGGACGCCGCACCACCGGCCACCGACGUCGACGGCGCGCGACAACAGCACCACAACCAACAGCAGCAGCAACAGCGCCUGCUGCAACAGCGACAGCAACAGCAGCAGCAGCAACAGCGACAGCGACAACUGCAAGAGCAACAGCAGCAGCAACAGCGACAGCGACGACUGCAACAAACGCCGAUCGCCGCGCCCGAAGAUGCCCGUUCCGGGGCUUGCACGCCCCUGCUGCACGCGCAACCGUUGUCUCGCAGGGUGCAGUACGCGUCGAGACCGGAAGCGGCAGGUCGACCGCUGUCCGCCACGUUUCCGGUUUCUUGUGCACCAGGUGACGACUACGAUGACGACGACUACGACGCCACCGCACUACGUCUACGUCCGACCGACACGUCCACCGUCAACUGCAAUGCCGCGACCGUCGAUCGCCGCGACGACGGUAGAGGGCCGGACGUCGUCAUGUCGACGGCCACGACACUACAUCUGGCCGAUACCGAUAGGUCAGGUGGUAACUGGCCACAGAAAGAUCAACCACCACAAACAAAAUUCAGUACCACGAACAGCAACCACAAAUGGUCGUUAAACCGACUUCCGUAUCAAAAACCAAAUACAACUACUAUUUCAAGGGCCAAAUUUACAACGACCUUGACACCAACAGCAGCUGCAAUCUUAACGAAUAAACAUACCAUAUUAUCUAAAACAAUCAAGCCGGUAAUAGAUGAACCUAUAUCGGUAUCAUCUCGGGUGUUAUUAAAUGCGCUUCAUCGAGAGUCAUCCAUCUAGAACUAUGGUUAACUUUAUAUAACAUAAAUAGGGUUUUAUUAAAAUAAUCGUUGUCUUAAUGACUUUAUUAUCUCUUUUCGCUCUAACUUUAUUUUUUCGGUCUAUUUGUAAUCAUUACUAGAUACAUAAAUUAUGUGUGUUUACCGUAUCUAAAAGUUAAAUUAAAAUUUUGUCGGUGAUCAUUGCCACGUUGUAUAAUAAUAUUGUGAUUCCACAUUUUUUUUUCAUGGAAUUGUUAUUGUUUUUGUUAAAAUAUUAUGUCUUGAUACGUUUUCAUUCCUACGGACGUGUUACCAAUUUAAGUUUUAAGAUAGGUAUAACCCUUUGAUUUCAUGUACCUACUACUUGUUAGAAUAUUAUUUAGGCCAAGCAAAAACGUUAGUUAAACUUUUGCAUUGUUUAUUUUUAGCAAAACUAUUUAUUUACAUUAAAUUGUAUUAUAGUAGGUACUAUUUGAUUUACCGUUGUCAUUAUAAUAUUAUGUGUACAUAUCAAUAUAUUAUCAUGUGUUAUUACUUA